AUGUCGGCGCUGGGGGCAGCGGCGGCGGGAGGGGGCCUCUUCCGCCCGCUGGGAGCCGCCGACGGCGAGGAGGAGCCGCAGCCGGACGAGAUCGAGUCGCUGUGCAUGGCCUGCCUGCGCCGCGGCACGACUCGGCUGCUGCUGACCAGGAUCCCGUUCUUCCGGGAGGUCCUCGUCAGCUCCUUCGCCUGCGACAGCUGCGGGUGGUCCAACGCGGAGGUCCAGUCGGCCGGGCGGAUCCAGGAGCUGGGCGUGCGCUACACCCUGGCCGUCCUCACCAAGCAGGAUAUGAAUAGGGAAGUGGUGAAGACUGACUGUGCCACAGCUAGAAUCCCAGAGCUAGAGUUUGAAAUCCCAGCUUUUUCCCAGAAGGGAGCACUUACCACUAUUGAAGGGAUAAUUGACAGAGCCGUAACAGGAUUGGAGCAAGAUCAGCCAGUCCGCAGGGAAACUGACCCCGGCGUGGCAAGAAAGAUAGAUGAAUUCAUCUCUAAGCUGAAGCAGUUGAAAGAAGUGGAGGAAGCCUUCACUUUUGUCUUAGACGACCCCUCAGGGAACAGCUUUGUGGAGAACCCUCACGCCCCACAGAGGGAUGAAGGCCUGGUGGUUGCCCAUUACAAGAGAUCUGCUGAGCAGGCUGCGAUGCUGGGAAUUGAGGAAGAGGAGUCUGAUGAGAAGUCAGUGGAGCCAGUGGAUGAUCUGAGGAACGAGGUACUGCAGUUUAACACCAACUGCCCAGAAUGCAAUGCUCCUGCCAAGACCAACAUGAAGCUGGUGCAGAUUCCCCACUUCAAAGAGGUUGUCAUCAUGGCCACAAACUGCGAGGCGUGUGGCCACCGCACGAAUGAGGUUAAAUCUGGAGGGGCCAUAGAGCCUUUGGGGACCAAGAUCACCCUCCAUGUGACAGACCCCUCUGACAUGACUAGGGACCUCCUGAAGUCAGAAACCUGCAGGGUGGAGAUUCCAGAGCUGGAGUUUGAGCUGGGCAUGGGAGCGCUGGGAGGCAAAUUCACGACUCUGGAAGGACUGCUGAAGGAUAUCCAAACCCUGGUGGAGAAGAACCCCUUUACCUUGGGGGACAGCUGUACCCCUGGCAGGGCAGAGAAGCUCAGUGCGUUCAGCAGGAAGCUGCAGCAGAUUUUGGAUGGGCAGCUGCAGGUACAUUUUGUUAUGGAUGACCCUGCAGGGAACAGUUAUCUUCAGAACGUGUAUGCGCCUGAGGAAGAUCCAGAACUGCGUGUGGAGUGCUACAAACGCAGCUUUGAGCAUAAUGAGGAGCUGGGCCUCAACGACAUGAGGACGGAGGACUACGAGACAGAGGCCUCCUCUGAGCAGUAGCCUUGCUCUUGCUGGGCCAAGCCGGUGGUAGGGGAUGAGA